AACAUUUAAAGCGGGCCGCGGUUUACCUUUAGCCUCUUACAUUUUCAGGAAUGGCGAAGGCAGUUGCUAAAAACCGCCCUGCAAAGAAACGCUGUAAUAAAUGGGAGACAGCACUUGUCGAAGCGCAGUUUAAUGAGGACUCAUGGCAGGCCUGUGUCUCUGCUGUGGUUGGAGGCAGUCCCAAGGAAGAAGAGGAACUCAUUCAGCCUCUGGUGUCGGCUCUUCAGCAACCACAGCAAAAACUCUUCACCCUCAUAACUUGGGACAGCACACUUGCUAAGAUCCACGAGCUGGGGAAUCCAAAGAGAAAAAAGCAAGACGAUCUUCCCAUGUUUUAUGAGGUCGCAGUGUCUGCUAAGGAGCUGCUGGAUGCCAGACAGGAGCUACCCUGUGACUUGCUGGCAAAGCUACUGAAAUUCCAGUUGCUGCAGGUCAAAAGCUGUGAUCAGCAGAGAAGAGAAGAUGAGCAGCUUGAAAGCGAGGGGAAAAAGGAAAAGGUUCUUAUUCAUUCUAACAGCAAGGCCAAGCUCUCCAAACAAAAGGAAAAGGAUCCCUCCUCUGCUCUGGAUUCCUUCAAGGAGAACAAAACCAAGCUCAAACGUCGGGGUGAGAUUGAGCCUCCCGUGUAUCUAGAUGACGAGCCGGACUGUGGUCCCCAACAUUAUAUUCUGCUAGUGGGAUUCCAUCAGCCUCGCCUGAUAGGAGCGCUGGAUGCCAUUGGUGUUCAUGUUGCAAAUGUUCUCAAGCUAAGCUUUGAGCACAAAGAAAGCUUGGAAGAAGAGAAGAGCCAGGAGGCCGAGGAACUGCAGGCCUCUCCAGUUCUGACUGCAGAGGAUCCUGUAGAAGCCAGACAACUCGACCUGUUCUGGUCUCACCUGAGGUCAGUUUUAGACAGUGGAACAGCAGACUCUAAACUCCCUGAUGUGAUCCUGCUGAACUACCCUGUCCCAGAUCUCACACCCCCCUUCCAAACACAGGAUCCUCAGACUGCGCUGCAGCUGGGAAGGCAGAUAUUUGAUGGCGUCGCCAACCUCAUCUAUGACUCUGUGGAGAUGCGCCGCCAGUAUCAGCACUACAGAGACCAUGUCCAGCUCAUCCGUAUACCCACUGUUGUCACAAUGGAUUCACAGCCUGCAGAGGAGGAUGUUUUUAAAUGUAUAUCAAAUAUUUCCUUACACCAUUUACUGAAUCUAGUCCUUAAUAUUUAUUUAUUUCAUGGGUUUUUGCGGUUAAACGUUGUGUCUGCUGUUCUCCAGACCCGACUCAGGAAAAGGCGACCAGUCAGAGAUCAGGACGCACCAGGCGCAGAGUCAAAGCUGCCUCCUUUAUAUGUGGACGUGGAGAUGUGUGACUAUAACAGUCUGUUGGAGCCUGUUCCCUAUGAAGCCUGUUCUGUGCCGCUAAUCCUGCACUGUAUUCUGGAGCAGGUGGAGAUUUCCACAAAGCCGCCUUCUCCGGGCCCUUUGCAGGGGCCUGAGGAGCAGCAAGCUAACAGUGGUCCUUGGUUAGACUGUGAUCAGGUUAGCUAUAUGCUCCAGAGCUGGCUGCCUCUCCUGAAGACAGAAGAAGAGAAACAACAUUUGUUAAAGGAAGCUCUAAACUAUGUGCAGGAGGAAGAGGAGACAGAAAGGCUAUUGGAGAAGUUCGGACCAGGGCCUGCUCAGAAGAAUCCUGAUUAUCCUCUGGUCAUCAGCUGCCAUGAUGAGAGGGUGCUACGAUUACAGGACAUUAACGUGGUUAAAGGUAUCAAUCCAGCUGAGGUAGAGUCAUCCAUGAUGGAGAGUUUUCCAGCCUGGCAGCGCAUUCUGUCUGUAGUCAAAUAUAGAAACAGCAACAUCUGCUGGGAGGCAGUGAAACAACAGCUGAAGCACUACUGCACAGAUGAGAGUGUUUCCUGGCCUGAGGUGGAGCGCCUGUUUCAUCAGAGUGUGUUUGAGGCUAUGAUACUGACCAAGGUGGAUCAGAACGGCGUUUUGCUGAAUGCUCCUGAACCACAGCCAGUGCAGCAGCAGACACUAGUUAUCCCAUGGGACAAUCCUGUCCUAUAUGCCAAACAGAAGCUUCAAACCGUUCAGACUAAAGUGCUGGUCGUGUUUGACCAGAGCGCCAUCUUCCACUUAUUCAUUAAAAGGGCAAAUGAAACCUUCAAUGGAAGGAUACUUCUCCUCCAUUCCCAUCCUUGGCCUACCUGUCUACCCUGGCAGGUUCUCCAAGUAGCAUCAGAAGAAUAUAGUUGCCUGGACAUCUUUAGAGGAAACAUUGAAAACAUUGUGUAUGUUUUUUGCCACAACCCUGUGAAGUCUCAGCGCCUGCGUAAAGAGUUCUGGGAUGUGGCCCUCCACACAGAUGUCAGGUUCAGAAAAUAUCUGGAGCAUGUGGCUGAUAAAAUUUCAAGCUGGACAAAAGAAGAAGAGUUGAAAAGGGAGAAAAGGCUGAUCAUGAACCAGAGUCCUGCUGAGGCUCUGAAAGAUGAAACCCCUGCCUGCUCCGUAGUGGAGGAAGAAGCUCUGGAACCAGUCAUCAGAGAAGAUUCCCUGAAAGCCAUGGAAAUGGAGCAGGAGCGGAUGAAGAAAGAGGAGGCCAUCAAAAAAUCAAAGAAUAAGGCCAAAGGCAAACAGCAGAAAGAGGUUAAGGCAUCUGACAAAAAAAACAAAGCUCUGCUUGGUGACGAGAAGAGGAGAGAACAUAAAGGAAAUGAAGGAAUUGUUUCAACCAAGACCCUCACAGCUCCGCCCGCUACCACAGCAGCUGCUGAGGAUGAACAGAGGGACCUCGGUCUAGAAGAAGAACCUGACAAUAGAUUCAUCGGCUACAUCACGGACGGACAGUUGAUCCAUGCAUCAGGACACAUUGAGAAAAUCUACCCCUCAGAUGGAGGACGGAUUACUGUGGAGCAUGUGAGCUUUGUUGAAGGUCCUACCAUGAUGAAAGUAGCAGUAAAGAAGGAUGGACACCUUUUCCACACGCACAUCAACCACAUUGUUCAUUUUCACCCUAACCCCCCGAGUAAGCCAGAGGAUAAGAAAAAUAUGGAUCCACAAGGGGAAUGGAAAGAGCCAGAGGCAAGGUUGAUGAAGGUCGUAAAGCAGGGCUCCUUCUCAGCAGUCCUUCGUAAUCAAAUCAGACUCUCCUACAGUUUCUACGGCCCAACAGCAGAAGUGUGUUUUCAGAAGACACAUGUUUCCAGCCAGGAACCAGUUCCUUUCUCCUCCUCUGACUUCAGCUCCAACAGACAAAUCCAGUCCAUUGAGGAGUGCAACGUUCAGUCAGCUCAACAGUCGCAUUCUCUCAACGGUCUCAGCCUUUCUGUUCCUAACGGAUUACUGCUGCAGUUUCUGCAUGAGGACACACAAGGAGUGUCUCCAAAGGAGGGCAUCUUGGUGAAGCAGAGCUUUCCUUUCCAUGGUAAAGGAUGUAAGCAGCAUCUUCAGGACGCAUCCCUUUCUCAGGAACUAUAUCGCGUUGUUACGAGCCAGGGAGCUGUGAUCCGUUACCUGAGAGAUGGAUCCACAGAGGUUCUGUUCCCAGACGGAUCAGUUGGUUUCAGCUCAGAUUCAGACCCAGUGUUGGAGCUUGAUGACACAGCCGAUGGCCAGAUGAAAGAUCAGACAUCGGAGGGUGAAGCUGAGACUAAGAGAAGAGUGUGGCAGAUGACCACUUCAUCUGGAGUUAGCUUCAGCAUAAAUGGAAGUAUACACAGAGAUCUACCCUCUAUUCUCACCUUUAAGGCUACAGACCCUGGGACCAAACAGGUUAUAUCGACCCGGGAAGAUCAGGUUGUGAUAGUCCAGAACCCAGAUGGAUCACUUAUUGUCGACCACAGAGAUGGAACUAGGAUCAGCAGCUUCCUUCUAGCACGUAAUGAGGAGGAGCCUGUUUGCGUGAACAAAUCGAAGGAGAAUAGAGACUUUAGAGACGAUUGUGACGAAAGAAUAGAGAUGAGCAGAAACUCAGGAGGCCACACAUUACAUCAAAAGAUUAUAGUUGGAGAGGAUGAGAGUGUGUUUCCUCAGGAAUAUGUAAGUGAGAGCGGUAAGAGGGAAGAAGGAGGAGAAUCUGUCAAGGAGAGGAUGAUGCUGGUGGAGAAGGAGGGGUUUGCAACAAUAGAGAUGUACCCAGACCGUCAAGCAGUUCGUGUCGUUUUAGCCGACAGAACCAUCAUCACUGGGAACAGCCAGGCUGAGUAUGAGGUGUUCCCAUCUGGUGCAGGAUAUCUGCGCAUCCAAAGUGAUGGGAAAUGUGUGUACUCCUCUGACCUCCAGCCAAAAGGUUUCUCUCCAACUAACCAACCAGGAGUUUACACCAUGAGUCACACCGACAACAUAGCCUGUGAUGUCACCGACAACAACGGAAACCACUUCAAGGUGAUGGAAGAUGGACAGAUUGUAGUGCUAAGCUCUAGUCCCCCACCGGGCACGCCUACACAAGAGAAAGAAGAAUCAAACGGAGCAACAAAUACGCCGAAUGCAAAACACAAAGAUCUUUGUCCCAGGCUUUUUCUGGUGCAUGAAGAUGGGUCAGGCACUGAACUGCUAAACUCUCAUACUGUAGAGGAACUGCUCCAUGAGGCAUACUCUGACCCUACUAUUGAGGUGCUGAAGGAGCCUUUACCAGACAAACAAGAUGAGUUUUGCAUCACUAUCCUAAAGCCCAGCCAUGAGAGUGUGUGGUCCCAAUGGCUGCUAAAGAAACAGGAACCUGACAUCACCCCUCCCAAUCUCAGGAACCGCAGCUGGAAUAACCUCCCUCAUGUAGAAAAAAAGAAACCAGGUCCUCCUCUUGGUGCUGACGUGGGGGUUGGUCUCACUCUGAAGGAGAGAGGUUGUGAUUCUGCAGGAAAGCAGCAACUUUUCCAGUGCUCCCCUAAGGUCCUGGAGAUAAGGCAACUCUACCAGCACCGAGCUUUCACCCCACCACUCAGAGAUACUAUAGACUCACGGCUGAAGGUAUACAUGCAGGAUUUGAUGAAGAGAGAUCUCCAGUCAGAAGAAAGGAAACCGAAAGAUCCUUGCAGCGAGGAGGGGAUUGCUAAGGCAAGGGAUCUCCUUACUUACAUUCUGGAAAGAAAAACAGACACCUGUAGAAAUACAGCUGUAAUUUGAAGCACUUGUUGACUUCUAACCAUGGCUACAUGUAAUAUUUAUACCUCAUAGUGUAAUAUAUAAAAAAAGUAAUUUAUGUUGUAGUCUUUGAAAGAGGAGGUGGAUGGGAGUGAAAGUGCUGAAACCAGGACCCCAGCUCCAGACGGCCAUGCCAGUCAAAAAAUGGCAGCAUCAAUUGAGCAGUCAGAUGUUCCAGAAGGCACCGGCUUGGAGAGAUUACUGGGUUCUGCUAAUCGGAAAGAUUCAAACUG